AUGAUCGUACUCGUGUGGUCGCUCGUCUCCUCGGUGGUCGAGGCGGCCCGAAGGCGGAAACUUGCCGCCUUUCUGGGGAAUUUUCUCAGGAACGCCGACGUGGAUGGAAUGAUGCUCGUUUGUCGGCAAAUUGUCACAACGAGAUCCAUUGCAUCCUUACCCUCCGCGUCCGCCCUUUCCCGCUACUCCAGCGAUCCACAGCUCAAUGCUGGCACCAACCGUUUCGUGCUUUACCGAAACGAACGCACAGAAGUGACGACGGAAAAGUCAGAGCCGCUAAGGACUUCGCAGUGGCGUUUCGUCAAAGGCAGCAUUGAACCGCCGAGCUCUUCCGACAACCGAGUGUUUUUUGUCGCUGAACGCUCAGCGAUAAUGCAAAACGUUGGCACGGGAAGUAGUAGCGGAAAUUCAGUGCCUUAUUGCAGUGUUUUUUUAGACUCGAGCUGCGAACGAGCCGGCUGGCACCGCUACGCAUCUGCCUUGCUCUACUCGUGCUCACUGGAACGUUUCGUGGACGUAGUUUAUGCCUUCUCAGAAGGUGCUCUUUUCGACAAUAUCGCUGAAGUGCGACUAGUCGAUAGACUGUAUACUGUUACGCUGCCCUAUGCUCAAAUGUCAGAUGAAGUGCUCAAAACAACUUCUCCGCUUGCUCAAUCACUUACUCAUCUGAAUCAGCGCCCUCUAUCACUUCUGGAACAACUAUACUUGGGAGACGUGAGGCCGUGGAAGGAUAUCCGUGAACGAUUCGCCAGUGAAGGAGCUUUGCACGUUAUUUAUCAAGAUGGUUUCGAUUCGCUACCUAGAAAUUAUCGAGGAAUCUCUUUGCUGCGUGUUAUGUACAAGGCAUUGGAGCGCAUUAUCCAGAACCAACUUAUUAAACAUCGCGAAGAAACAACCCGCGACGAGCAAGCUGGCUUUCGUCUUGGCCGAUCUACGAUUGACCAGGUUUUCAUCGUCAAAGGAGUGAUCGAAAUCUGGCAGCAGUAUUCGAAGCCAAUGCAACUAGCGCUUCUGGAUUUUGAAGCUGCGUUCGACUCUUCUCACCGAGGCAGUCUUCUCAACUCGCUCCGCGCCGAUGGAGUACCAGGAAAGUUCGUUCGCUUGCUUGAUGACAUGAAUCAACGAACAACUGCUGCAGUUCGAACAUCAUCCGGAUGUACAACACCGUUCGAGGUGGCAACUGGAGUAAGACAAGGGGACUGUGGCUGGACUCUUCUCGUUCAACUUCGCCAUCGACGACAUUAUGCGAAAAACAGUAGAUCAGUGUCCUGCCGAUAUCAUUCUAGCACCAUCAUGGUGCCCCUUGACCGAUCUCGAGUACGCCGACGAUGUCUUUAUAUUCGCGGAAAGCAAUACGAAACUUCAACAUGUUGUCAACCUUGUAUCGAAGCUGGCUUCAGCCUAUGGACUACGCCUACGCCCUGA